UAUAUGAUACUUUUACCUUUGUUUAGUAUCAUUAGUAUAUAUCACUUUCUGUAUUCCAUAUGUUUUGUUGUGAGAGACCAUUCUAGGCCGUUAGUAUGUGAUACUUUAUUAGACACUGGUUUAGGAUUACGUCGUCAUUCAUUAAGAAGCCAAGAUGAGCAGCUUUUACCAUGUUCAGUUACUGGUGACGAUUCGCGUAAAUCAGGAUCUGGUAUCUUACCUGGCAACAAUCUGAUAUUCGGUGGUGUCGAAGCGCACAUACAGUUAAGUCUACCAACUAAGAUAUUCUGCAGCUGUUUGAGCACAGCUGGUGGUGUUGUAUUACAACCAACAGGGGAUAUAAAUGAUACUUCUGAAUUUCCUGCAUGCCAGGGGCUAUAUCGCGGAUUGAGUUCACUUGUAAGCUCGCUGUUGAAUACUGGUACUGGGGACCAAAAUGCCUCUAAGGGUAUGCUAUCAUUUCGUGAUUACAUAUCUGUUUACUCGAAUUUGAGCAACAAUGUGUUUCCAGUGGCACCAUCGCAGUUAGAACGUUUUGGAUCGCAAAGUUUGUACAACAGUGUUGGGACUAAUUCACUGACUUGUGAAGUAUGCCGGGGUGAGGUUGGCGCCUUGCCUCAGUUAUCUCCAAUUGCUAUAUUGUAUGGUCUUGCGGGAUGUCAUGUUUUUUCAUGUACUCCGAAUCGAUUAGUUUCAUUUGACCGCAAGGUCUAUUCGUACCCCGAUUUACCUAAGCGUUAUCAGUUAACUCAGGUACAUGACCCUAUAGGAUUAAAUGGGCGCAUAGUGCUUGGCAGCGGUCGUAAAAUUCCAAUUUCUCGUGUGAAUCUUGAGGAAGACACUGCUCGCAGGGUAUCACUUGACGCUCUGGACUACAACCGCAGUGGUAUUGGUUUACUUGAGGUGGUGACAUCUCCUGUUGAAUGCACUGUUGACGAGCUUGUUGAGUGUUGUUCAGUUAUAUAUCGUCUGUCAGUUACCAGUGGCUUAUCCAAGGGUUUGAUGCAUGAGGGCAAUCUGAGAUUCGACGUUAACAUAUCGAAUCCAUCUUUGGGCACCAAACGUGUCGAGCUGAAGAAUUUGAACUCAUUUCGUCGCAUACGUCGUGCUGUUUUGCAGUGCAUUUCUUCUGAAUCCUGGGCCGUUGGUCAACAUGUUCCCCAAGAUGACUACUUGGGUACAUCACCUUCGCCUGGAUUACCAAAACCCGAUAACACGCCAUGGAACAAUUUUUUCAAGGAUGUACUGGGCACUUCUGAGACUCAUGAUAUUGCUGACCCUGUAGGUGUUACUUUAAAGUGGCGUGGCGACUUAAAAUCUGUAGGAUACCAGCGCGUAAAAUCGCGCAGUACAUCUUACCUUAACAUUCGUGAUGUCAACAUACCUACAGUUGGUUUGGAACCAACGCUAUUCGAUGGUGUGACAUCCAUUGUCCCAUCUAACGAUGAUACGACCCUGGAUACCUUGGUAUCAAGUUAUCCAAGUGUAUCUCGAGUAUUGAUGGCCACCAUACACAACAGUGGUCAUUCAGAUCUCUUCUUAGCCAUGUGUCGAAUAUUGAAGGACCCAGUCUUGGUUGCCAACUGGUUGGUCAACUAUAUUAUACCCGGCCUAGAUGCGGACAGUUCUGAUGCUGAGCAGUUAUGCGACGUGAUCCGUGCGGUCAAUGACAACAGAUUGAACAUGAUCACUGCACGUCGCAUUUUAGCUGAUUUCUUAAUGAGUGGUCUGGAGUUAAAUGAGUUUCUGAAGGAGCAUGAUUUGGUCCUACUGGAUGAUGAGACUACUAGGUCACUGGUUGAUGAUUAUUUGUUGAAGCAUGUUGGGUCAUUACCCAAUUCAUCGUCAAUAACUCAGGUUGUGCGUGAUAUUGUAGCUCACUAUGGCUACCGGUUAAGUUACCGCACCGUUAAGGACCAUUUGCUGGGAUGCAUACCUUCUUAGAU